AUGAAGGUCCAAGUCUGGGUGCUCUUGCUGACCGCGUCGUUCGUAUCCUCUGAAGCCAAAAUUCCUCGGUUGUUGACUUACCUGCCUGCCCUCUCCACAAAUUCAAUAUCCAACGAGGUUCACGUCACGCACAAACCCUAUUUCAGCUACGCUUUAAAGCCCGGAUAUAAGCCUGGGAUAAUUUCCGGAUACCGAACUGCUCACGAUCCCGUUCAGUCUGUUUAUAAACGGAAAUCCAGUCCCAGAUCUGUUAUUUCAAGCGCAGUGGCAGAUCAACCCAUAAUUUCUACGUCCCUAGCCGUUCGUAAAGCCAAACUUAAACACAAAAAACUCAAAAACAAAAGCCAAUCGGCCCUAAAGAACAAAUCGAAGUUUCUAUACCAUCUGAUCCACAAACCUAAGCCUAAAUACAGCGAAAACCCAGCCUAUAAACACAAAAUAACGAAGAAGUACCCACCCGCCAUCUUGUCUCGACCGAAUCACCGGCUGAAGCAUAAACGCCGAGAUAUUUUCAAACCUGAAAAUCUGGAAGCCAAUUCGACAAGCGAGAAGAAGCCUUUUUCUAGCCAAUCCGAGCUUCCACGUAAGGAUAAAACUGCACAGGAAGCCACGAAGCUUGGCCAGGAGAGUGAAGCUUCGUCAAGAACAGAGUCGGGAGUCGAAACUGGUGUUAAGAAACGACCGGAACGACCUCCUCACCACUACGACUACGCCAUCAAGGACGACUACUCAGGCAACGACUACGGCCACCAGGAGUCCCGCGACGGAUACAACACACAGGGAUCCUACUACCUGGCAGCUACUUACAGGCCAGCGACUACUUACAAGUCUGUUCUGUUCAACAAGCCUGCGACUACUUACAGGCCUGAAACUUACAAGACUGCAACUGCUUACAGGCCUGAAACUUACAAGACUGCAACUACUUACAAGCCUGAGACUUACAAGACCGCAACUACUUACAGGCCUGAGACUUACAAGACUGCAACUACUUACAAGCCUGCUGGUACUUACAAGUCUACUUACGAGCCUGCUUCAUCCUACAAGCGUGCACCUACUUACAAUCGAUCCAACGAGACUGUACCUACUUACAAGUCUACUCCAUCCUACAAGUCUACAACUACUUACAAACCUACUCUUUCCCACAAUCCCGUACCUACUUACACGCCUGCAAUUACUUACAGGCCCAUUUCAUCCUACAAAACUAUAUCUACUUACAAACCCGAAACUACUUACAAACCUACAAGCCAGAUCAGCCAAGAGGGACAGGGUCUAUUACAAAUCCAGAAAAAGGUCCUUUGUACGUACCAGUAA